AUGUCUCUCUCGGAGGCGAUUCCCCAGGAAAUACACCAGGCGAACUCGCAGAGAUUAAAGGAGGCUCAAGUCUUCGAAUUUACGAAGCGCAAGCGUUGGGCGGAUUUACUCGUCACAGAACUCAGCGAGGCGAUCAUCCUCGUCUUGUCCGCAACGUGCCAAGUCUGGUACUGUGGCGCAGCUGUAACAGAGCUGCUCGGAUGGAAAGAUGAGGAUCUCGUCGAUGUUGACCUCACUGACUUUAUGAAUACGGACGACCGAGUAACGUUUCGCAGUAUGGUCCGGGAAUGCAUCCAGAGUAAACAAUCUCUCCUUGCAUAUUCUCGCCUACAGUGCAAGAACGAUUUUUAUAUGGCGAGUGAUUACUCGUCGCGCCCGCGCGAGGUGCUCUUCGAGAUCACCGGCCACUCGCACUUCCUCCCGGAUACAGGCGAGUUCCGCUGUUUCUUUGCCAUGGCAAAGCCUUACCCCAGUCGCAAUACGGCCAUGCUCAACACUUUUCUUGAGUUGAAGAUGGAGAAUGAGCGCCUCCAGCAGCGCCUGGUCCGACUUCGCGCGCAGAACAGUGCUCUGGACGCAACGGUCGGAGGUCAAACAUUGCAGAACCAGUCACCUAGCCAGGAAACGGUUCACGGCCAACAGGUGGGCGAGGGUUACUAUGGCUCGUACGAGGAGAUGGUGCCCGAUAGUAUCACUGCCAUGAGUCGAACGAACUACGACGGGAGCUCGCUCGCUAUAUAUACUGAACACCCCACCGGAGAUGACGACGGCAGCGAGUGCGGGGGACCAAAGAAGAAGCGGUCCUUUGGCGGUACGGCAGAACAAUAUGUGUGCGUGACUUGCGGACGGACGGACUCGCCUGAAUGGCGCAAGGGCCCACUUGGACCGAAGACUCUGUGUAACGCAUGCGGCCUACGAUGGGCGAAGAAGGUUCGUACAGACAAGUCGGGCCAGGUGGAGAGCGACGGCAGCGCAUCUGGCCUGGGCUCGGUAGUCUUCUGA